AUGUGUCAAAUUUUUAUUAACGUUAUUUUAACAUUAUUUUUUUUGGUGAUAUUGGCAAAUAUUGCAACGGCACAAUGGCACUGGGCAGAUGUUUGGGAGCCACAUAACGCCGCAAUUACUACACAUAGAUUACCUUUCAACCUCAAGAAUCCCCAAGUCUGUAGAAAACCAUUGCAUCGGAAUGACCCGUGUUCGCCGCACGCUCCACCUACACGAAACUUCAGCGCUCCUGGUAGGAGAGUUAGUGAAGUCAAAUGUUACGAGUACAUUUGGCAAAUGAAAGUUCGUCAUGACAGAGAGGAAAGGUCAACUACGUGUCGUCGAAAACGACACAUUGUUGGUAUAACGUACGGCGAACCUACAGAACGUGGAGAAUAUCCCAAUAUGGGCGCCAUAGGCUGGAAGUUGUUAACUGGUGAAUGGACAUUUAUGUGCGGCAGUACACUUAUCAGUUCAAAAUUCGUUCUUACGGCUGCUCACUGCUCUGCAGCAUCGAAAAAAGAUACUAGGUUUGCUGAUGUUGUACCCAAGAUUGUCAGAUUCGGCACUAGGAAUCUUAUUAAGACAGAUACUGUUAAUGCAUUAGACGUGAAUAUCAAGAAGAUCAUAGCCCAUCCAAACUACAAUGCACCGAGGCAGUACUUCGACAUAGCGUUGAUGCAACUGGCGAAAAACGUGUAUUUCUCAGCAGAUGUGCAACCCUCGUGUUUGUGGACCAACCGGGAUAUUACGUUUAGCAGCAAGCUUCAGAUCGCGGGCUGGGGAUUUACGCAUGAAAAGAGUCGAGAAACGUCUCCUGUCCUUUUAAAAGGAGAAGUAGACAUCAUAGAUUCCAUUACAUGUAACUAUCUGUUGGGGAAAAUGUGUAAUAGAAACUGGUGCGGCCUGGAGGAUCAUCAGAUAUGCGCUGGCAAUCUUAGUGGAGGAGUUGACACUUGUCGGGGUGAUUCCGGAGGUCCCCUACAAGUACAGCUUGAUCUUCCAAUCGUGGACCAGGGCAACAUAAACUAUGUGAUAGGUGUCACAUCGUUUGGCAAAAGCUGCGGCGCAAAAGACCAGCCAGGAGUCUACACAAGAGUGUUCAACUUUCUUGACUGGAUUGAAGAUAUCGUUUGGCCUAGAAAAUAAGCCGAUGUCUGAUUGUAAUUAUGAUUUAUUGUUAAGUGUGUGACA